UAUACUGAAUUUAAUUUUCGUCGACCCACUUUGCAGAUUCUAAAGCCAUUGAAUAAACGACUCUUUAUUUAUUAUUAAAUCAUAAAAGAAAUAAAAGAAACAAUAAUAGAGUUGAUAUUAAUAAUUCCACACAUAGAAUGUGAAAAACUAUUAAAUAAUUGGCAAUAUUAAACAUUGGAAGUAACCUUAUUUAAUGUUCAAGAAACACUAUAUAAUAAGAGUGUGAAGUUUUGUCAAAUAAGUUUAUCGGUCAUGUUAAUAAUCUUCUCCAAUCUGUUUGUUAGUCGUUAAUUAUUCGUUCAUUAAUCAUGUCUUUAAUUAACAAAUAUUGCGCUUUUGAAGUUUAGCAAAACUUGUGCAAAGAGGUCAGCCUAUAAAGAAUUUGCAAACUGGAAAUUCAUCUCAUCAGAUAUGACAAGCAAUGAAACAAAUCCUAGUGAAAGCAUGAGAAAUAUAGGAGGAAAUUUUUCAAGAGUUAAUUCAAAAAUGAAGAGAACGAAAAAGCCUAAAUGUAAACUUGAUUCAAACAAUUGUCUUAAUCUUAAGGAUAUCUUGCUCUCAUUUAAUGGACCGAUAAGUCAAGAACAGGCCUGGGCAUUAUGUUAUCAAGCUACAAAAACAUUUUUAAAUCUUUCUCAAAAUGAAUUUCGCACAAUAUCCGAUCCAUCUCAUAUUUUAUUACACAAGGAUGGAAGUGUUCAAAUGGACUUUGAUAAAGAUUCAAGUAGUUCGCAUGUUUCGGAAAAAGAUCUUGUAUUUUCGUUGGGGUUGGUUAUUUUUGAUGCGUUAGAUUACGGAUUAGAAGAAGCGGAAGAAAGACCUAUUUCUCCUGAUUUAAAUACGCUUAUAAGUUUAAUGACGAGUGACAAUCAAGAAUGUCGGCCCGAAGAAGAAAGAUUACAGGAAACGGAUGACGAAGGAAUAGAACGAGAUUCGGGAGAAACGGAACUCGACGAUUUACUAGCUCAGAAUUUAAACGGUUCUUAUUCUGACGAAAUUAAAUUAUGUUCCCUUCAAAAUGUACUACAUAUGUGUGAAAGGCAUGUGGGCAAUAAUGAUCAAGCAGAAGCACAUUAUCAGGCCGUAAUUCGAGCCUUUGUAACAGAGGCUUUAGAAUUAUCUCAAUUUCUCGAAAAAGUGGCCUACGAAAAGCAGAGAACAAGUUUUCGCGAUCCAAUCACGGGAGAUGGGACAAAACACUGUGAUACAGUUUGCAAAUUAAAUUCACUUGAUUUCGCUGACUGGACUGACAUUAGGAUUUGGCGAGCGAUACAAGCAAGGUUUUGGGUUCAAGUAAUUGGAGAAUUGAGAAGAGGUGUAAAAUUGAAGAAAGUGGAAGACGAUUUAGGUCGACGAAAUUCCAUUCGCGGUAUGGCAAAAGGAGCAGAAUUUGAACUAACGCCUUAUGAAAUUCUAAUGGAUGAUAUUCGUAAGCGCCGUUAUCAUUUAAAGAAAGCACCUGAACCGAAACCUCAAAUCAGAAAAGAUGCACGUUCAAUUAUUCUCGAUUUUAUUCGAAGUAGACCUCCUUUAAAAAAAGCAUCGGAAAGAAAAUUGGCACCUCUGAAAAGGGAAGCAACUUUACGAGAAUUGCUGAUGGAGAGUAUCAAAAAGCCACCUAAACCUCUAAAGAAAACUAGACUUCAUCAUUCUCCCAUUAUUGAAAUGGCAUUUGAAAACGUUGGAGGGGAAUCGAGACGAAUUGUUCUUGGAGAAGUUCCACCAGCUCGUACUGAACAGGAACAGGAACCAGCUCAAGAUGUUGCUGCUCAAUGGCUUCAUGAUGAUUCACAGGAAAAAAAUCGCGAUUCAAAAAUUAAUGCUUUAUCGAAACCAAAAAUGCCGGUUCCUCAACCACGUUCUCGUAUUGGAAAAACCGAGGAAGCCAAGUCUCGCGGGAUUAGGAAUCGUAAGUCGCGUAGAAGAUGUAUUAAGGGCACAGCUCACGCACAAGAAGCAUCUGUGAUUGAAGGUUCAAAAAUCUCACAGCGAAAUCUUGCGAGUGUCGACUCGGUAUCGAGACAACCGAGGAAAUUAAUUCCAGUUGAUUUUGAUUUGAAACUCGAUGGAGAAGAGGAAGAUGAUGAUGAUGACGAUGACGAUGACUUUGAAAUUUCUAAGUUCGAUGACGAUGACGACGACGACGAUGAGGAUGACGAGGAUUCCACAAAUUAUUGGCAUUCCAAAGAACGUUACGCUUGCGGUAAGGGAAAGUUGACAAUGGAUCUUUGCGAGGAUUGUCACGAUGAUGAUGACGAAAAAGAUUCAGCGAAUCCAUGGCGAAAAACUGGAAAACUUCGUCUCACAAAAAAUGAAUAUCAUCGAUUUUGUGACGCCCAAUUAGAAUCUUAUGAUUUGGCAACGCAAUGUCCAUCGAGAAGAGCGUCUGCCAGAAAACACGCGACAAGAGGAAAUAGUUUAGUACUUCCGUCGUUUUCCGGUACAACUUCCCUUCCACAUUCAAGGCCUCACAGUCGUCAACAGGCUGGAAUAAUCGGCACAAAUACAAGUCCAAGUGCACACAGUCCCAAUGUGAGUUUAAAUAUAAGUCCGAGACUGAGUCCUCAACCAAGAACGAGGCCCGUUCCAAAACCUAGAGGAAGUAUCGAUAGUGAAAUUAAUUCCGAUACAAAAGACUGGGAGAAGGAACAUUCUGAACAGAAACCGUCUUUAAACGAUAUGUUCCUCGAUGAUCGACUUUCGUUAACAUUAGAAGAAAUAGUUCACAUACGAAGUGUUUUAACAAAGGCAGAAUUGGAAUCAUUGCCAGUCGAGGGUCGAGUAAAGGAAGAUGUUGAAAAGAGGCGUGUUUGCUUUUUGUGCUUGAAAACAAGAUUUGGUAUUCUUGGUCCUUGGGGUCAACGUUGUCGUCUCUGCGAGAGGACUGUUUGCGUAAAAUGUUACACCAAGAUGAGAAUUCCAACGGAGCAUUUUUCGCACGUGCCAGUUGUUUUACUGUCUCCUGGAAUUUUACUUUCGCCAACUACUUCGGAAUCUGAUUCAGGAAAGAAUUCUUGGCUGAGGGCUUCCGGAGCAGUUGGUUCUGCACCAGCAUCACCUGCAUCUCGUCGUCGAGACUCAAAUUUAAGAAGUGCGACUCCUUCAAGUCCUUCAGUGACGCCUAGUGCUGUUCCCACUGCUGAAUCAACGCCAACUUCAUACUCAAAACCGGAACAUCUUCACAGUUCCGAAAAACGACGCUUUAAACCGACUGGUAGCCCAGCAAAAUUAUCAACAACUGCGACAUUUGGAAGUCUCGGGGGCCUGAGUCCGGAGCAACGAUUGAUAGCCGAACGAUUAAGGGGAGUAUCAAUGGUAGUUUGUCACGAUUGUCGAAUUAUGGUAGUUCAAAUAAUCAAGAGUUCGCGAAAUACACGAGCCACUAUACGCAACAAUGUCAUUUCACGAUUAACUCUCAAUCUUUCACCUGCAUAUGUUUAAGAUUUUAAGAAAAAAAAAAAACAAAAAUGAAAUCAGUUUUGAAAAUAAUUCACAAGUACAAUAUCCCUUCCAAAAAAAAAAAAUGAAAAAACAAUUUUUAACCCUCCGCUUGAAAGGAAUAGAACUUUGAAAAAAAAAAGAAAACUGAUUUGCUUCCAUAAUUGUAUACAGAGAUGUUAGCCAAUUUAUUAUUCUUUAGAUAAACUGUCUCUGUGAAGAAAAUAAAUUUCAAAUUUUUGAAAUAUUAUAAAAGAGAAAUAAUUUUGGAAUUAUUUUUCUUUGCAUUUAUUAAAUUAGUGUUUAAAAUCUGGCAUUUUAAAUACUAAAGACAGUUUUUCAAAUUUACGCUUCGUCUAGUUUUGUACAUGACUGGAUUUAGUGAAUCUGUCACGUCACAAAUAAUUAAGAUAGUAGUUAGAUAUGAAAUAUAUAUAAUAUAUAUAUAUAUAUGAAUAUAUGUAGAGAAUAUAUAUUACAAACUCGUUUGAAAAAUCAUGAUUAAACUGAGAGAUAUAUAAUAAAACGAUAUCAAAAAAAAAGCUCUCGAAUCACGAUUUUCCUACGAGACUUACUCUUUAUUGAGUUAAAUUGUCUUUCAAAUUCUACUUUUUUUAAUAUUCUCAUUAAUAUGAAUAUUUUAUGAUUCUUUGUUUAUUCAAAAAUUAAUUAUUCGAUUCAAUUCGAGUGUAAAUUUGAAAUAACCAAAUUAUUAUUCAUUUUUAUGUUUCCAAAUUCCCAUUUUUGUACGAAUUCUGAUUUGAAAUUUCUCGAAUUCUUUUGGAUUUAAUUUUUUUUACCUAAUUAUUCUAUGUUUUAUCAUUUUCAUAUUAUAUAAAAUAAAAAAAUUUAUAAUUAUAUACGUUAAUGAUUUAUUUAUAUUACAGAAUAUACCAUUUCUGUAAUAUAAUAAUCUAAUAUAACAAUUUAUAUAAUUGAUUAAUUUUUCUAUUACGAAUACAUGGAAAGAAUUCAAUAAAACGAAAAUAAAUUCAUGAAUUUUUGAAAAAUUUCUAAUUAUAAAUAAAAAGAAUUUGAAAAAAAUUAAACUUACAGGAAACAUAAAAAUUGACGAUAAAUAACAAAUACAAAUUAUAAAAUUUCAAAUUAAUGUAAAUUAUAAAAAUUGAGAAACAAAAUUUAUAUUUAUUAUUUAUUUAUUUAUUUAUUAUUGAUGAUGAAUUAAAAUUCAGAAAAAAAUUAUGAAAAAUCGAAAAAAAAAUGUAAAAAAAAUGAAUAAAAAUCUAAUUUUAAUCACUUAUUUGAUUGUAAUAAACUUAAAAAUAUUUAAGAAAAGUAAAAUUUGAGGGAUAAUUAAAAGUCCCCAUCAAAUUACAAUCAAAAAAAUGUUCUUUAAUUUAUGUGUGAGCUAUCGAAUACAAUGAAUUAGAAGGUGAACGAAGUUUUUUCAGAAAAAGAAAAAUUGUGGAACUAAUAAAUUUGUUUAAUUAAUUGUUAUUCGAAAAUGUUGUUUCCUAAAUAUUUUUUUUUCUGAAUAAUCUUCGAUAUUGGAUGAGUACAAUUGAAAUACCUCAGAGUCGUACUGUCUUUUGUGGAUUGAUACGAAUGGUUAAUUAAAAAAAAACUGGUCAGUUUUCUUCCAUUUGUUUCACAUGAUUCUAUGUGAAAUUUAAAUUUACUUCCAAAAAAAAAAAAAGAAAUAAUAUUUAAACGGCACGCACCACCCAUAUCAAAGAGCAAUUUAAACGAAGGUGUCAAUAUUAGAAAAAAAAAUUGAGAAAUAGUGAGAAUUCAAUGUGUUCUGUUUCUAUGUUCAAAAUGAAUUUUUGUAAUAUUUUUAUCAUUAUUUGUUCUCAUUACAAAGUGUUUUGAAUUUUUUUUUUAUGACAAAUUGUUUAGUUAAUUUAAUGUGUAGUUAAUAAAAGAUUCGAAAUACAAGAAUCUUUUUAUAUUAUGUCUUAAAAAUUCAAAAUAUUAAUUAUUUUUCAAGUCUUAAAUAACUUUUUAAUAUGUAGAAUAUUUUUUUUUAUUAAAAAAAUUCAGUUUUUUGAAAAAAAAAAAAAUCUUUUAUAAAGUAUCAGAGUGUUCGAUCAUUCGUUUUGAUCAACUUGAAUGUUUUUUUUUCUAGUCCCUGAUAUUGAUUGUAAAAUGUCAUCGAUUUAGAGGUCUAAAAGAAAAAUUAUUUCAAAGAACAGAGUGACGAAUUAUUUUGUUGAGAUAUUACUGGAGACCCGAAACUGUUUUAUUUAUUGUAAGUUUUAUAUUCUGUUUGAAUUUUUAUUUUGGGUUUUUUUUUUUUUUAAAUUCUACUUUUAAUUUCUGUAAGUUUUUUUCUAAUGUAUUGUUUUAUUUAUUUUGUAAUUAUUGAGGACCAAGUGAAGUAUGUAAUUUUAACCUUGUUAAUAUUGUGUUUCUUUUAUAUUUAUAUUUUAUAUAAUUUCCGGUUAUUGGGUCAAGCGGCCUGACUUGCAACGUACAAAUAAAUCUGUUCGUCUUUAUUAAUUUUGAAAAUUGUCUAUGUAUAUAUGUACCAUUAUAAUUCUAUUUUAAUGAAAUCCUGUAUAGUAUCGAACAAUUCAAAUGGCAUUUAAUGAACAAUUAUUUAUAAAUUUAAUUAGACGACUAUUAGAGAAUCUAUAUAUGGAAAUAUAUUAUUUAUUUUUUUGUAUGUAACUCUUUCUGGCAGAUUGUAAUCGAGACUUUAGGUGUACAUAAUAAAAUGCAUCGAUGCUACCGUUAAA